AAAAAUUUACUAGAGAAGCUAAGAAAAUCAAGAUUUCAGAUCUAAUUAAAGCAUUAUUGAAAACCAACAUUCCACCUCACUGUCAUCUUCUUCUUCAAUUCAUUCAUCUUUUUUCUCAAAUUAUGAUGAUGUUUUUGAUUGGUUACAUGUUAGUUGUACCCUUUUUUUUGUUACAUAUAUAAAUGCCACCAUUUAGAAGCCAUUAGAAGACAAACCCCAGUUCAAAUUUUCAAUUCUUGAUUUUUUGGCUCCACUUGAAGUAAAUUUCCUAAAGUGGAUCUGAUUCUUGUUUCAAAUCAUAUUUUUCCAUGUGGGGUUUCUAAUAUUGGUGUAAAAAAGAGAUCUAAGGUGUAAAAACCCCCAUAUUUUCAUCAAAAUCUUAGAUUUAGAGGUUAAAGUUAGCAUUUUUAUUAUUGUUGAACUUCAAAGGGAUUCUUGAAUACUAGUGGGGCUGUUGUUGUUGUUUUUCUUGUUUUAGUGGUGAUGGUUAAAUCAUCUAUGAACAGAAUGUUAGCAGGAAAUGGUUUGUUUUAUCCAAUUAUUGGGUUUGCAUCAUUUAUUGCUUUUCUGUAUUUGUCAUUUGGGGAUUUAUGGGUUAAUUACAGUAAAGAAAUAAACCUUAGUUUUGUUGAGAGGAAUGGAACUCAGUUCUUUGUUGAUGGUAAAGUUUUUUACAUUAAUGGAUGGAAUUCUUACUGGUUAAUGGACCAUGCUGCUGAUUAUAAUACUCGACCGCGAAUUCGAACAAUGCUUCAAGCUGGUGCUAAGAUGGGACUUACUGUUUGUAGAACUUGGGCUUUCAAUGAUGCUGGUUAUAAUGCUCUACAGAUUUCACCUGGAAAAUUUGAUGAGAAAGUGUUCAGGGCGUUAGAUCAUGUUAUAGCAGAAGCCAGAAGAAAUGGAAUCAGGCUGCUACUCAGUUUGGUUAACAAUCUGCAAGCGUAUGGUGGGAAGACUCAGUAUGUAAAGUGGGCGUGGGAUGAAGGUGUUGCUUUAAGCUCUUCCAACGAUUCGUUCUUCUACGAUCCAUCCAUCCGUCGUUAUUUCAAAAGUUAUGUCAAGACAGUUCUAACCAGGAGGAACAUAUACACUGGUAUAGAGUACAGGGAUGAUCCAACCAUCUUUGCAUGGGAGCUAAUUAAUGAACCUCGUUGCAUGACCGAUCCUUCUGGUGAUACACUCCAGGACUGGAUAGAAGAGAUGUCAACGUUCGUGAAAUCAAUUGACAGGAAACAUCUGCUAACAGUGGGUCUUGAAGGAUUCUAUGGUCCUAAAAGUCCCAAAAAGACAACUGCCAAUCCAGAAAUUUGGGCUGCUGAUCUUGGAUCCGAUUUUGUCCGCAACUCUAUACUUUCAACUGUUGAUUUUGCCUCUGUACAUGUGUAUCCCGACCAUUGGUUUCACCACAAGAAUUUUGAUGAAAUGUUGAAAUUUGCGGCCAAAUGGAUGCUUUCUCACAUUGAAGACGGUGACAAGGAACUUAAAAAGCCUGUAUUAUUCACUGAAUUUGGUUUAUCAAAUGAUAACGAUGAUUUUGAACCAGCUCAGCGGGACAGAUUCCUCAAAAUGGUUCUUGAUGUCUUAUACAAGUCUGCAAAAAGAAACAAGUCCGGGGCAGGAUCAUUCUUCUGGCAGUUCCUUGUUGAAAAAAUGGAACGUUUCAAUGACGAAUAUGGAGUUGUUCCAUGGGAGAGUCCAUCAACAUAUCGAUUAAUUACAGAACAGUCGUGCAGACUGGCCAAAGUUCAGGGAUUACAUUCCACACAAACUGAAAACGUAAAGAAUUUUUGUGCCUCGAGGAGGAACUAAUAUACGUAAAGUUUACAUAUGAUCAUAUUUCUCCUGCAUUUUUUUUUGCCUUUCUCAAAUUCAUUGGAAGUGAAGAACUGUAGGAUAUAGGUUUACUCCUUGUAUUAUUUGUCAAAGUGAUAGAUGUGUACAAUUUUCAUCAAAUGAAACAUAUAUGCAAAUUAUUCCUCCA